UGCGCAGAGCUGCAGUCAUCCCUAUUUUCUUUCUUGUUCUGUUCAAACAAGCAGCCUUGAGCAUUUCCGGGCAGCAGGGAGGACGCGGAGGUAACAUCGCCGUAUUCUGUCAUCAUGGCAUCGCGUGUCAGAACCGCUGGAACCAAUGGAGGCGGCUUCAAACCCAAAGAGAAGGUGGCUCCGCUUUAUCAGAUGAGUGCUUCGCUGAAAUCCGAGGUACGGAAACUGAACUUGGUGCAUCUCCUGAUCUGGCUGCUCGUGGCCGCUCAAGUGACUGUUAGUCAUUUCCGCCUGGUGUCACAUGACACCGUGUCCACGCCAUACCAGUGGGAGUAUCCGUACCUGCUUAGCGCCCUCCCUCUGCUGUGCAGCAGCCUGUCUCUCCCCAAGAACAAUAUCAGUUACCUGGUCAUAUCCAUGAUCAGCGCAGGGCUGUUCUCCGUGGCGCCGCUGAUCUACGGAGGCAUGGAGAUGUUCCCUGUGGCGCAGCAGCUGUACCGCCAUGGCAAAGCCUAUCGGUUCAUCUUCGGCUUCUCUGCAGUGACUGUCAUGUACAUCAUCAUGGUGGUUGCUGUUCAAGUGCAUGCAUGGCAGCUAUAUUACAUGAAAAAACUUUUGGACUCGUGGUUUGAUGCCACUCAGGAAAAAAAGAAAAAGUAAUAAUUUGCUGGACUAGACAUGAAAACAAAUGUAACACUAUCAUAAAUAUUAUUUAGAUCAUUUUUAUUUUGUGUUUAGUAUAAUGCAAUACCUUGGCAUCUAGUGAUUUUUAACAGGUUUGAAUAAAAAUGGGUAGGCUAAUUAUUUUUCAAAGGCUUAAAAUGAUAGCAUUUUGAUGUAAUAUAAAAGCAUUUCCCAGUGGUCUUUGAAUUAUAAUUAUGCUGUUUUUGGCCAAAAUCCUAAAACCUGUGUUGAUUUCUAGGACAUAGUUUCUGCAGAGCGGCAGUAGUUCAUUAGAAAUUCCCCUCUGAGUUGUGGGUAGGACUGUUGACCCACCCCCCCUCCAUUUGUAAAAAGAAAUACUCAGAAAUGCUAUUUUGAUCUUCCUUUUCUUUAUCCAUGUCCUUCAUCAUCAAAAAAAUGACACAAGAUGUUCAUUGGAGUGGGUCUUUAAAUCAGUGAAAACAGUCAUUUCUUGCAAAGACAAAAGUAGCUUUGAGGUGACGAUGCAAUUAAGCACACUGUCACAUACAUACAUGUCAGGUAUCUGUUUUUAUUUGUACAUUUAAAAGCGGAAUCAGGUCCAAGAUGACGAUUGACAAUUUAAAAAAACUGCAUUUAUUUGUGGUGUCAACCGAAUAAAUGUGUCAACAGAAAAACAAUGGUGUGAUUACUAGUCCCCUAACUGUUUGAUGAAAGGCAGGGUUUUUUAUGUUGUCAUGAUUAUAUCUGCUUCUCAUAUAUGACCAUUUUAAAUUAAAAGACAGUUUAAUAAGAA